GCAGAGACCAGCAACGUCUUUCCUUGUAUUCGGCAGCGAUCCGUCUUCCGUGGCCCUUCUUGGCAAGAACGCUUGCCUUCCUGACGGAAAGCGAGAGGCGGCAUUGCGGCUGCCCAGGACUUUCAGGGCCGCUCAGCAGCCAGCCCUCCUGUCGCUCCACGCUGCAGCUCUCGCUCUGCGCUGUAUCGGAGCUGCCCGGGCUGCUUGCUGGGGGUGGCAGAUCGACAGAUGGGGGGGCAUGAGCCUGUGAGUUCUCUUUGGGGGUUAUGGGAGAGGGUUCCUACACAUUAUGAGUUCCUGCACUUCAGUAAUGAGCAUUACACAACUGUUGUUGUUGUUGUUGAUCUCUCCUUUUCAUUCUCUCUGCCUUUCAAGGUUUUGGCUGUCCAUUUAACAUCGAUGUGAAAAGACCGCAGAUAUUCCGCGGCCCACGGGAAGCGCAGUUUGGGUACAAAGUCCUGCAGCACUCAGCGCAAGGGCAAAAAUGGAUGCUGGUGGGAGCUCCCUGGGAUGGAACGGCGGACGACCGGAAAGGUGACAUCUACAAGUGUGUCAUAGGAGGCAGAAGCAACUCGACGUGCUCCAAGGUCAACAUAGGCGACAUGGCCCUUCGGAACAGCUCCAGGCAAAUAAGAAAUAUGCACUUCGGAAUGACGCUUGUGGCCAACAAGGAUGACGGGUUUGUGGCGUGUGCCCCUCUCUGGUCCCAGGAAUGUGGCACAUCCAUGUUCAGCACCGGGAUUUGCACCAGUGUGGAUGAAAACUUCCAGCCGACGGAAAACAUCGCUCCCACAGCUCAGAGAUGUUCCACUUACAUGGACAUCGUGAUUGUGGUGGAUGGGUCCAACAGCAUCUACCCCUGGUACGAGGUGCAGAACUUCCUCAGCAACAUCCUGAGCAAAUUCUUCAUUGAUCCAGAGCAGAUCCAAGUCGGCGUCUUGCAGUACAGUGAGGUCGCAGUCCAUGAAUGGUCCCUCAAGGAUUACCAAACGGCAGAACAAGUCAUUGAAGCAGCCAAAAACAUUAGCCGGCAGGAGGGACUGGAAACGCGGACCGCUUCUGCGAUCCACAAGGCCUGCACUGAGGCCUUCAGUCCAGAAAGAGGAGGGAGGAAAGGGGCCACGAAGCUGAUGAUCGUGGUGACCGACGGGGAGUCCCACGACGGCGACGAGCUCCCUGACGCCCUGGAGGAGUGUGAGGAACGGAACGUGACCCGCUACGCCAUUGCGGUGCUGGGCCACUACAUUCGGCGGCAGAAAGACCCGAACUCUUUCAUCAACGAGAUCAAAUACAUCGCCAGCGACCCUGACGAGAAGUAUUUCUUCAACGUGACGGACGAGGCGGCCCUGAACGACAUCGUGGAUGCUUUGGGCGAUCGGAUAUUUAGCCUCGAAGGGACGCGGGAAUAUAGCUCCUUUGAGCUGGAGAUGUCACAGGUCGGCUUCUCCACGCACCUUCUAGAGGACGGCAUCCUCUUUGGCAUCGUCGGGGCUUAUGACUGGGAUGGUGGGGUGCUGAAAGAGGGCCGGACGGGCCGGUUCAUCCCUCCGCGGGAAGCCUUCGAGAAGGAGUUCCCGCUGAAGCUGAAAAACCACGCCGCCUACCUGGGCUACACCGUCUCCUCCAUCAAGCUCAGGAAUGGGAGGGGGCUGUAUGUGGCCGGUGCCCCCCGCUUCAAGCACAAGGGGAAGGUGGUCCUCUUUGAGAUGAGCCGGGACGGCAGCGUCACCAUCUCCCAGGCCCUGGCUGGGGACCAGGUCGGCUCGUACUUCGGCAGCGAGGUGUGCCCCGUGGACGUGAACGGGGACGGAAUCACAGACGUCCUGCUGGUGGCUGCGCCCAUGUACCUCGGACCUCAGAACAAAGAGACGGGCCGUGUUUAUGUCUACAGGGUGGGGCAGUCGCUGCUGUACCCCAACGGGACGCUGCACGCCGACGCCAAGCCGCAGGACGCCCGCUUCGGCUAUUCCCUCCUGGUGGUCCCCGACCUGAAUCACGACAGCUUCAAUGAUGUGGUGGUGGGCGCGCCGUUGGAGGAGAACCACCAAGGAGCGGUCUACCUGUACCACGGGUACCGCACCACCGUGCUGCCGCGCUUCAAGCAGCGGAUCGAGUCCUCCCAGCUCCAGUGGGGCCUCAGCUACUUUGGGCGCAGCUUGGACGGGCAGAUCGACUUGGACGGAGACGGCCUGGUGGACCUCGCAAUCGGCGCUCAGGGCGCUGCGGUGGUUCUGAGGUCGCGGAGGAUCGUGCAGAUCAACGUCUCCAUCUCUGCCAGCCCGCCCUCCAUCAACGUCAUCCGGAAGAACUGCCAGCGGAGCGGGAAGGCGUCCGUCUGCGUCACGGCCCAGCUCUGCUUCAGCGCCUCGUCCCGCUCCCUGGGCCCGAGGGACAGCCACUUUGGCAUCAAAUUCAACGUCUCUCUGGACGACAGGAAGUUCGGCAGCCGGGCGGUGUUUGACGGCAACUCCCAGAAGCUGCUCCAGAAGCGGAUCCGGGCCACCGUGGGCCGUACAGCCUGCUCCACGGCCCGCUUCCACGUCCUGGACACCUCGGACUACAUGAGGCCCGUGGCGGUCGCGGUGAGGUUUGCGCUGAACGAUGCCGAGCCCGGCCCCGUUUUGGAUGAGAAAUCCCCCACCACCGUGAAGAGACUGAUCCCCUUCUUCAAGGACUGCGGUGCCGAUGACGUGUGCGUAACCGACUUGGUGUUGCAAGCGCAGAUGGAUAUUGAUGGAUCCAGGCAGAAGCCUCACGUGAUCCGCAAAGGGAAGCGGAAGGUCUUGGUGGACGUCCUUCUGGAGAACAAGAAAGAGAACGCCUACAACGCCAGCCUCGUGCUUGGGUUCUCAAGGAACCUCCACUUCUCCAGCCUCGCACUCAAGGGGGAGAACCCCGUGAAGAUAGAAUGCACCACCCCGUCUGCUCAGACCCGUGCCUGCAGCGUGGGGUACCCUGUUUUCAGGGCCUCGGCAAAGGUGGCGUUUGUCCUGGAGUUUGAAUUCAGCUGCUCUUCCCUUCUGGACAGAGCCCAGGUGACGAUCAGAGCAAGCAGUGACAGCCACGAACGGAACGAGACCCUCGCCGACAACACGGCCCAGCCCACGGUCCACGUCCGUUACGAGCCGGACCUCUUCCUGACAAGCGAGUCCGCCCUGAACCGCUAUGAAGUGCACCCCGUGGGGAUGUUUCCGGACGGCAUGAGCCCGGAGUUCAGGACGACCAUCAAGGUGCAAAACGUUGGCUGCUUUGCAGUGCAGAAUCUCUCCCUUUCCAUGGCGCUUCCAGCCAUGGCCUACGGGAGCACCGAAUUCCUCUCUGUCACACGCAUUAUUGCCGACAACGUGACGUGUGGCCUGCGAAAUCUGACCGAGGCGACUCAACGGACAGCUGCGGGGGUGGUUCCCGUUCACCCAGAAGAUCUCGGACACACGGAGAGACUGAACUGCUCCAACACCUGGUGCCAGGAGGUGAGGUGCGAGCUGCCGCACAUAGAGAAGAACGCGGAGGUCUCUGUCCAGCUUCUGAGGGCAGUGCGCAACGAAUUUUUCAGGAGGGCCAACUUCAAGACCGUGAAGGUUGUCAGCAGGUUCACGCUGUCUACUCAGAAGGACAGCCUCCUCCUCCUGCCAAAGGCUGGUCACCAGCGAGAGACCACUUUGGAGAUCAUCCAGACCAAACUGGUACCUGUUUCGCUCUGGAUCUUGAUUGGCAGCAUCAUUGGAGGCCUCUUGCUGCUCGCCUUGAUCAUCUUCUUUUUGUGGAAGCUUGGAUUUUUCGCACACAAAAAGCCUGGAGAAGAAGAGAAAGAGGAGCAGUAAACCUACAAGGACUUAGAGAAUACUUUCCACUCUUUAGAAAGGGGCUGCAACGGGAGGAAGUUGGGACGUCGUGGGCAGUGUUCCUGACUCUCUCUAAAUCUGCAGAAGCUCCAGGACUUCCAAAGACAGUCUCCCAAAAACUUCCAUCACUUUCUUUUCCCUUGGGAAAGCUAGAAAGUGCAGCCUUCACCUGGCUGGAAACAGAAUUCAAUGCACACACCCGGGGGGUACCACACCUGAGCUUCAGAUCUUGAAGGCUGAACCUCCGACAUCGCCCACGAGGUUCGGGGGAUAAAGAACAGCAGAGAAGCACAGCUGACGGACAGCAGCACCUGCACCCAGUGGAGCAUCUGUUUCAGACUCCUCCUCUGGAGGGCUUUCGAUCCAUCGUUUGCAGUCGUCUGAUGCUCUGCGCCCAAACCUUUGUUGCCUAGAAGCAAGAGUCCUGUUUUUACCCUGCUUUGAUCUUUUGCUAGCUCACUUAAGGCGGCUUCCGCAGGGAGGGCCUUAAUGCAGAAAAGGCAAGUCGCCCUGUGAGGCAGUUUUGGCCGCCUCGGCCGCUCUCUGUGCAGACACGUUCAGCUUGGAACACGCAAGCGCCGAACAAGCCAUGCUGGGAUUGGGGCCGUCUGGUUCUGCAGCUGGGACCGUGCCUGCCUCCCCUGGUGACCAGCCCUUUUCCCACCCCACAAACCCAGAAAUGAGUGUGCAAGCCCUGGAGCCGGGAUUGCAAUUGAUAAAGUGGAGGUGACCCGAUUCUCUUUCAGGCACUGUCCUUUGAAACCAGCUUGGGCAGGAAGGUAAGCAUUUGCUUGCCCUCUUGAAACAGCCUCACCAAGGGCAGGGUACAGAGGCCAAAGUCUCUACAUAGCACUGGAGAAGCCUGGUCUUGGGUGUAUUUUGGGCAACUUGGAUUUUUAUAAUGCAAUUACUGUACAAAAUGUAUUAUAAAUUAACAGAAGCAAAAGAGAAAGUUACUUGUCCCAAGGGCUUAUGCUCUAAAUUAGGAGUAAGGAACUCCCAUUAGGAAGCAUGAUGUGACUUGUAGUCCAGCACCAUAGUAGCCUCAGGGCUCCCCUACCCUGGACGUAAAUUUUUAAGUUGGCUGUGAAGAGAGGCGAGAGAGACAGGUAGAAAUAAGGGGGUCACCUGAACAAGCAAUGAUCAAUUUAAAAAAUUCCUUUCACAGAACAUCUGCAGUGUUCCUCCUCUGAACCUAUGAUAAUUUCAGCUCUUAAUUUCAUUUAAGUUUCUAAGGCUGCAAGCAGAGAGGCAUCGAACCAGGUGGCUAAUGGGAUUUCCCUCCGAGACUUUGGAGAUUUUGCCAGGCAGAGCCUGCCUUCAUCCUUGCCUGUAUUUGUAAUUUUUUUAAGGGCUAGAAACUUGCUUUUAAAGAAAACAAAUUAAAAGCAGGUGGAGAAUUUGAAGCA